AUGGCACCUUCCACUCCCCCCGAUAUCACCGUCUCUGACAGCCUGUCCGAGCUACGCAUCGAACAUCCAGUUGCUACUAUGCAUCACAACACUCCAGACAGCACGGGUCAGCAUACCCAGAGCAACCGUGUCAAGCUGACUCUAGAGACUCUUCCCCCUGAGAUCAAGAACGAGAUCUUCUCUCAUUUCUUACUCGCUGCUAAAGUCAAUCAAAACGAAUUUGCACUCAUCAGCUCAAAGUUCUUCGCCUUCGAGAUUGACAGAAGACGCUUCCUGCCUACUGUCGCUACAGCCAAGGCCGCCAGAACCUUCAGGAACCCUGCCAUCGAAGCCACCAUCACCCAUGUCGGGGAGACUCUUUGUGUAUGCUGCAACCCCCAAAAGCACAAGGGCAAAGACCGAGCAACCCACGCCUUGUUUCUGGUCGCCGAUCUCGAACAUCUUAUGCGAGAAUUGCGCUUGACGUAUCACAUGUGGCCUUCCAAGCCCAUUUACAUCAUGUCCGAGUCCGACGUCACUCCCGUCGAGCACGUCCCUGUCAAUGUCGAUACUCAGAUCAAGGUAGUCUGGAAAGUCAAUCCGUCGCACCGUCAGGAUUUUACCGUUACCGAACGCCGGGCUAGACAAGUCCGUUUGCUUGACCCUCUCAACUUCUCUACUGGUUGUGGAAAGAGAAUCUCCGUCGUCGGAGUGGACAAGGACAUCGUUCAUAAAGUUGUGGGUCAAGAAACGCCACGCGUUCUGUCCAUCAAUGCUGUCGGCUGGGACCUUUACAACCUCCUCAAAGCUCAAAAGAGAUAUCUCGACACAAUCCUGUCUCAGGACUCGGCUCGUCUUCUGGAUCUCAUCCACUCUUACACCGACCUCGCUUGCGCAGGAUGGCCUUUGAAUAUUAUAGGCUUCUGGAAGAACGCCUCUGUGACCACCGAUGUUAACAUGCACGGUAGAACGAUCAGUUUGUGCUUGUUGCCCUUUGACGAGCUUGACGAGGAGGAUUACCAGACUCAGAUCGCAGACUCGUGGCAAAUGGCUGUUCUGUGCCUGGUGUUCGACUGUCUGUGCACAAUCGCAAAGCUUUGCCUGAAGAAUGGGGACAAUGUUCAUCUGAGGGAUUGUAUUCAACUCAUCGCGGAUCUGGACUUUCAUACGUUCCGCCCAAACCAUCGCCAUCUAAUCCCAGCUAGCCUCCGGGUCUUGCUGAGUCAUUACGUGGCGUGGCUACGCAUGCAUGAGCCAUCGACCUUGGCCGAUGAUGCAGUCACUCUGGGCAAAUCAAUGUUGGACCAGGCAAGAGGAUGGCUUUCUGCGGACGAUCAAGAUGAUGUUUGGCGGCCUUUGAACACAGACUCGGAGUUUUUGAGCAGAGUCACUGCAGGCGAGGCCGAGCUUCGAUCAAACAACUUCGGUUCUUUCCCAAUCUCGUGCGUCAACUUCCAAGGCUUACUCAACCGCCCACGCCUUCACAAGACGCUAUCCAAACCCAAACCACCCCGCGAAGCAUUCCAAGGCUGGGCCUUCCCGCGAGACUUUCCGAAACCAGAAGUUGCAGCACACAUGACCAAGUUCUCCGAUGACAUCGUCAAGCUCAAGUUUGAAGAGCGCAACCCUGGCUUGGCCGAGGAUGCGCUCGAUCACGGACACGUUCCUUUCGUGGUCCUCAACUUUCCUCGUGAGCCCGAAGAAGAGCCCGAUCUUCCUCCAGGUUUUCCUCCUGGUAUCCUGCCUCCGGGUCUUCUGGCCGGCGGUUUUGGGAUUCAGGUCGGACCAGUGACUACACUUGGAGCGCUAAUGGGAAACAUGGGCAUGCCUGGUGGUGCUCCACAGCCUUAA